AUGGGGGGGCGGAGCCUGUCACUGAACUGGACGCCAUUUCUCCCAGCUCCGCAAAUCAAACAACCAAUCUACGGGAUAUCUCGGCAAAUAGCCACCAUCCGACCCUGCAAGCACAUACAGUCUGGGGACACCCCACUGAAUCCCCAGAUGCCCUUCCAAUAUUCCCCAAAGCACCUAAAAACAAAACGCAAGACCGGGGUCUACCACAAGCCUGUCUACCGCAACCUUGAGUAUUUCCUGAGCGGGGACCUCGCGGGAGACGCAGUAGAGUGGUGGUCACCUCAUACAGAACCUGCCAGUACAUCCAUGGGGCGCAGAAACCAGAAACCCCCACCCGGUAAUGCAGCUGAACAGAGCGAUAUCGGCGCUAUGAUCUAG